UCAGGGGUGUCGAAAGGCGCCGGCAACGCCUCCUGGCCGGGCUAUAAAGGGCCCCGAGGCAGGGGAGCGAGCACUCGCUGCUGCUGCCGCUGCUGCUGCGCUGCCGAGCCGCCUCUGUGUGCACCUCCCGCCUCCAGCAUGAGCACCACUGUCAGGCAAUACUCGUCCUCCACCUCCCUCAAGGGCUUCGGGGGCCUGGGGGGCGGCUCCAGCAGGGUCUCCUCCGUGCGUGUCGGGGGAGGAGGGUACCGGGCCCCCAGCGUGCACGGCGGCUCCGGCAGCUACUCCGUCUCCUCGCGCGUGGUCUCGGGGCUCGGCAGCGGCUUUGGGGGCAGCUACUGCAGCAGCGCAGGAGGGGCCCUGGGCGGGGGCUUUGGGGGCAGCUAUGGGGCCGGCUUUGGGGCCGGCUUUGGAGGAGGAUUCGGAGGCUUUGGAGGCGGUGAUGGCAUCCUGCCGGCGGGGGAGAAGGAGACCAUGCAGAACCUCAACGACCGCCUGGCCGCCUACCUGGACAAGGUGCGAGCCCUGGAGGAGGCCAACACCGACCUGGAGGUGAAGAUCAGGGAGUGGUACAAGAAGCAGGGACCUGGUCCUGACCGUGACUACAGCCCCUACUACAGGACUAUCGAGGAGCUCAGGAACAAGGUGUUGGCGGCCACAGUGGACAAUUCCAACCUCAUGCUGCAGAUUGACAAUGCCAGGCUGACAGCAGAUGACUUCAGGACCAAGUUUGAGUCGGAGCAGGCUCUGCGCAUGAGUGUUGAGGCCGACAUCAACGGCCUGCGCCGCAUCCUGGAUGAGCUGACCCUGUCCAGAGCUGACCUGGAGAUGCAGAUUGAGAACCUGAAGGAGGAGCUGGCUUAUCUGAAGAAGAACCAUGAGGAGGAAAUGACUGCCCUGCGUGGGCAGGUGGGUGGGGAGAUCAGCGUGGAGAUGGACGCUGCUCCUGGCAUUGACCUCACCAAGAUCCUGGCGGAUAUGAGGGAGCAGUACGAGAGCCUGGCCGAGAAGAACCGCAGGGAUGCUGAGCAGUGGUUCUUCAGCAAGACGGAAGAGCUGAACCGGGAGGUGGCCAUCAACACGGAGCAGCUGCAGAGCGGCAAGACGGAGAUCACGGAGCUGCGGCGCACGAUCCAGAGCCUGGAGAUCGACCUGCAGUCGCAGCUCAGCACGAAAGCGGCGCUGGAGGGCACCCUGGCCGACACCGAGGCGCGCUACGGCACCCAGCUGGCCCAGCUGCAGAUGCUGAUCACGGGCGUGGAGGAGCAGCUGGCCGAGCUGCGCUGCGACAUGGAGCGCCAGAACCACGAGUACAGGGUCCUGCUGGACGUCAAGUGCCGCCUGGAGCAGGAGAUCGCCACGUACCGCCGGCUGCUGGAGGGAGAGGAUGCCCACAUGUCUUCCCACUACAUCUCGCAGCCUGUGAAAGAAGGACCAGUAACCACCCGCCAGAUCCGCACCAUCUUCGAGGAGGUCCAGGAUGGGAAGGUGAUCUCCUCCCGGGAGCAGAUCACCCAGGCUGCCCACUGAGGCACUGCCUGUUUUGCUGCAAACCUUGCCCAGCACAGCAAAGCAGAUCCCAGCUGACGUGUUCUUGCCAUAUGGAUCAUCAAAAGCACCUUCUCCCACCAUCACCCCCCUCCUUACCCUCUCUCACCCUUCUCUCAGCUCUGUGCCAUACACAGAAAUCAAAUAAAGCUUCUCUUUGCAGUCCUGCAAACCCAGGUCUGGUCU